CACGGGACACAUUUUUGUACCUACUGGCGCUCCGUAGCGUGAGAGGCGUUGACAAGAAGGCUGUUGUGGUGGAAAUUAGCCGUUUAACUCACGACAGUAGCUUGUUUUACACAUUUUAUCUUCAUCAGACUGAAUAAUACCACAGACGGGCGGAUUUCGGCUGGAGGAGAGGCUCGGUGGAACAGACGGAAGCGCAGGUGGGCCAGGUGACUCCACACAGACACGAUGAGCUCUAAAGGAGGCGGCACGGCUCUGACCCGCCGCAACUACAGACUGGCCUCGGACACAGACAAACCCAAAGCCACAGGUAUAGUGAAUGAGAAGCUGCUGAGUGACUACCUGCACCACGUGUUUCCUUCCACCAAACCGGGACCUGCACUGGCCUCGCUCAGGAAGCCUCUCGGUUUCCAGGAACUUGGUGCUCACCUGGAGAGACUGUUGUCAGAGGGGGAACCUGCUGAGGACAGCAGAGAUCAGGCUGCCGAAGGCCGCCUGGGCCCUCAGCCGGUCGUCCUGGACCACACCAGCGGCUUCGAAGGACUUCUGUUUGUGGAUGACGAUCUCCUGGGGGUCAUCGGCCACAGCAACUUCAGCUCCAUCAGAGCCACCACGUGUGUUUACAAAGGGAAAUGGGCCUACGAGGUGCUGAUCUCCUCCCAGGGUCUGAUGCAGAUCGGCUGGUGUACGCUGAACUGUCGCUUCAACCAGGAGGAGGGUGUGGGCGACACUCCUGACUCUUAUGCUUACGAUGGAAACAGAGUGAGAAAGUGGAACGUGACGACCACCAACUACGGGAAGUCGUGGGCGGCUGGAGACAUCGUCAGCUGCCUGAUAGACCUGGACGAGGGAACCAUCACGUUCUGCCUGAACGGCCAGUCUCUGGGCACAGCCUUCACCAACAUCAAGAUGGGUCCAGGUGUGGCUUACUUCCCUGCCAUCAGUCUCUCCUUCAAAGAGUCGGUGGCUUUCAACUUUGGCAGCAGACCUCUCAGGUAUCCUGUGGACGGCUACCUGCCCCUCCAGAACCCCCCGACGGCAGACUUGAUGAAAGCUCACAAACUGCUGGGCUACAUCAAGAACGUGCUGUCCACUUCCAUCGACCCUCAGGAGGAGCGGCUGCUGGAGAAGGACUGCGGCCUCUGGAGGCUUCAUGGAGAGCCCACGGUCCUCAUCACUCUGGCUCACAUCUUCAACCACUUCGCUCCACUCAUGUGUAAAGUGUACCUGGUGGAGGACGUGCUGAUGAACUUCCUGUUGGGGAUUCUGGAGGGAGGAGGUUCAGUCAUUGAACACCCGCUGAUACAGCAGCUUCUGGACCUGUUCUGGCUACUGAUGGAGGACUACGAGGUGAACGAGUGUCUGAAGCAGCUGAUGAUGUCUCUGCUCAGGGCCUACCGUUUCUCCCCCAUCAUCCCUGACUUGGGCUUCCAGAUUCAUUACCUGCGUCUGACCACAGCCAUCCUGCACCACGAGAAGUCCAGGAAGUAUCUGCUCAACAACGUCUUGUUUGACGUCCUGCGUUCAGUCGUGUUUUUUUACAUCAAGACCCCUCUGAGAGUGAAGGAGGCGGGGCUAGAGGAGCUCAUCCUGACCACCUGGUGGCCCACACACUUUGACAAGGAGGGGAAAGACGAACGGGAGCCGGCGGGCGAAAGCGCUGACGAGCGGCUGAGGCGGCGAGCGUACGAGAGAGGCUGUCAGAGACUCAAGAAGAGGAUCGAAGUGGUGGAAGAGCUGCAGGUUCAGAUCCUGAAGCUGCUGCUGAACAACAAAGACAAAACUACGGGCGAAGCCUCGCGGUACAUUUUCCUGAAUAAGUUCAGGAAGUUUCUCCAAGAAAACGCCAGCAACAGAGGGCACCCCACAGCUCUGUGCCCUCCGGAGUACAUGGUGUGUUUCCUGCACCGCCUCAUCACGGCUGUCAGGGCCUGCUGGGACGAGUCCAGCAGGAAGAGUCCAGGCAGCGUCAGCAGCGAAGAGGCUUACGUCCCUCCUCAGCUCUUCUACAACGGGAAGGUGGACUACUUUGACCUGCAGAGACUGGGCGGGCUCCUGUCCCACCUGAAGAAAACACUCAAAGACGAUUUGGCGACGAAAGCCAACAUUAUCAUCGACCCGGCGGAGAUCCAGGCCGCGUCCAUGGAUGACCUGGAUGAGGACGAGGAGAGCGGAGCAGCACAGAGGCCGUUUGGCGCUGUGGCGAUGGGCGGAGCUCUGGCGAGGCCCAGCUGGUUGAGUUCGCCCACUCUGGGUCGAGCCAAUCGUUUCCUGAGCACGGCCGCCGUCAGUCUCAUGACUCCCAGACGGCCGCUGACGCAGCCCGAGAAGGUGAAAGUUCGCACCCUGGCCGUGGAGCAGAGGACUGAGGAGGACAUUGAGGGAAGCCAUGGUAACGACGGCCUGUUGCUGGGGCGACCGCUUGAGGAGCCCGAUCAGCCAAUCGCAGACAAGUCCCUUCUGGAAAUUGUUGACGGGAUCGUGAUGAUGUACAACCUGAGUGUUCAUCAGCAGCUGGGAAAGAUGGUGGUGGUUUCAGAUGACGUCCAUGAAUACGCUGUCGCCCUGAAGGACACCGAGGAGAAGAUCGCACGAUGCCCCGCCAGAAGACCAGACAUCCUGGAGGAGCUCCAGAAAAGCCAGAAGGUUUUUGCAGAGAAGCUGAACCACCUGAGCAGGAGACUCGCCUGGAUCAACGCCACCAUCUACUCCAAGGACAAGAUGCUGGAUGUGUACUGGCUGCUGUGUGUUUGCAUUCGGACCAUCGAACACGCGGACAGCACAAGCUCUUUGUUCGCCUUUACACCAGAGUUCUACCUCAAUGUGGCCAUGAAUGCAUACAGCGCCCUGAAGAACUACUUCAGCCCUGUAAACACCAUGGAUGAACUGCCAGGCUACGAGGACACCUUGACUCAGCUUGCUGCUAUCCUGGCCAAGCACUUUGCAGACCCACGUAUAGUUGGAACAGAUAUCAAAGACUCUCUGAUGCAGGCCCUGGCCAGCUACGUCUGUUACCCACAAUCCCUCAGGGCCGUGGAGAGGAUCCCCGAGGAGCAACGUGUUGCCAUGAUGAAAAACCUGCUGGCUCCGUAUGAACAGAGACCCUGGGCUCAGACCAACUGGAUACUGGUCAGACUGUGGAGGGGUUGUGGCUUUGGCUACAGAUACACUCGCCUUCCUCACCUCCUGAAGACCAAACCUGAGGACGCCAACCUCCCCAGUCUGCAGAAGCCGUGUCCAUCGCUGCUGCUGCAGAGACACAUGGCGGAGCUGCUGAGUAUGGACAAAGACAUGGCCGCCUCCUUCCUCAACAGCGUCCUGAACCAGCUCAACUGGGCCUUCUCCGAGUUCAUCGGCAUGAUCCAAGAGAUCCAGCAGGCUGCGGAGCGUCCAGAGAGAAACUUUGUGGACACUCGUCAGCUGAAGGUGUGCGCGACCUGCUUCGACCUGUCGGUCAGCCUGCUGCGAGUGCUGGAGAUGACGGUCACUCUGGUCCCAGAGAUCUUCCUGGACUGGUCCCGUCCCUCUGCAGAGCUGCUCCUCAGACGACUCGCUCAGCUGCUGAACCAGGUGUUAAACAGAGUGACAGCAGAGAAGAACCUGUUUGAUCGGGUCGUCAACCUGAGACUGCCAGGGCUGGAGAGUGUAGACCACUACCCCAUCCUUGUAGCUGUUACCGGCAUCCUGGUUCGGAUCCUUGUGGACGGACACCGACAGGGGAAUGACCGUCGGCGUUCACGAGCGCACGACUCCGACUCGUUUUCAUCUCGGAACUCUCGAGCUGCCUCCGUCCUGCUGUCUGACCCCUGCUUCCAGCUCCACUCCAUCCAACACCUGUUAGGAGAGGGAGGAGAGUCGUCCACCUCGUCGGCAGCCGUCUCCUCCAUCGCCCGUCCCGUAGUCGGGUCCUUGGGAUCAUCUGUGGCCCCUCCCAUCCCCUCAGCCAGUGGAAACGCAGGCUCUUCAGAGCGCAGACACUUUUCCCUGCAUGCAUACACCGACUACAUCAGUGAGGAGGAGAAACAGAAGGUGGAGCUGAUGCUGGCGUUCCUCACUGAAGAAUCCAAACAGGCUGCAGCCAGCACAGCUCCGCCCAGUGAAGAAGACCUCUGCCCCAUCUGCUACGCUCACUCCAUCUCCGCCAUCUUCAAGCCCUGCUCCCACAAGUCCUGCAAAGCCUGCAUCAACCAGCACCUGAUGAACAACAAGGACUGUUUCUUCUGCAAAGCCACCAUCACCGGGGUCGAGGACUACAGCAAGCCUGCCUCCUCCUAACACACACACACACACACACACUUUAACAUAUCAGUGAACCCAAAGAUUUCUCACAGGUCUGUGCUGAUGGAUGAGUGAGUGUGUGCUGUUGUUUUACUUUGAAAGUCCACAGAACUUCCUGUUUCUCUAAGUGAAGGUGAACUGAAUGCUGUCUGCCAUUUGUCCCUCUUCGUUUCUGCUCUAGCGUGUUUGCAUCACAGCCAAUCAGAGCAGGAGCAGAUGAAUACCCGCAGAGUCAUGUGACCCGGUAAUGAAAAGCGACCGUCGCCCUUCACACCGAGCGCAGAAGCCACGUGGGUUUUCUGUCUUCGGUGUGAAAGAGGCGUCGCUGAACUGUCCGCUAGCCGAGCAGAAACUCAUUCACUCACACACACACACACACACACUGGACUCCAGCUGAACAUCGUGACGUCUGAUUGGUCAGAUCAGAUGGACCUCCUGAGUCUCAGGCUUGUUAAUACAAAUAUGUUCAGAAUGGACCUGAACAAAGUGCUGAAGCUCAAACCCACAUGAGCUCACUCAGAAAGACCACAUCAGGUCCUCUGAACCCGUGUUGGUGCUGGGACUCGUUCCCCACGUGGUCCCAGUUCACAGUCUCAGACUCACUGCAGUGGAAACAGGACACACACGACAGGAUAGCGGGGAGGAGAAAAACAACACACACGCACACACACACACACACGCUGAGGCAAACAACGCUCCAAUCAAAAUGAGGCCCUCGGUGGGAGGACAGCAGCUUCCUUCAGUGUGAGAACUUGCUGUCACAUUAGCACAACAGCUCACCUCCACCUGUCAGCACAGGUACUCUCACACACACACACACACACACACACACACACACAUCACCUCUACCUCUGUGGAGACACAACACACACACAGACAGAAGCUGCAGUCAGCAGCCAGUUAGCUUAGCAUCGGGACAGGAAACGGCUAACUGGCUGCAGACUGGAGCUAAAGUAUUAAACUUUCCACUGCGUGAAUCGGCUAAGGGUCAUCAUCCGUCUCUCUGAGCACGACUUUUCUACAAACUAAAGGGACAGUUCACCUAAAACAAAACGUUUUCCGUUAUCUUUAUCACAGAACGUGUUGUGAUCGUUAGGAAUGUGUACGUUUAAAACUUUAACCUCCCUGGCUGCCUACACUGUAAUCAAAGUGUGUGUCGGAUAAAAAACAACAACAUACUUUUCAAUCCCGAUUUGUUCAGUUUCCUGUUGGUGUGUGCAUGUUUAAUUUGUUAUUGGAGAGAGUUUAAUCAGACGUGAAAAGCUCGAUUAAAAGCCUGAAUUUAAAAAUGAAUUAAUAA